AAAAAAUGGGCGGCAGUGCCAGCAGUGCUGCAAAAGCCGGGGUCGCCGUGUCGGUCGUGCAAGACCAGUGGGACAGGUUUAUAAACCAAGCAGAAACUUUCUUUGGAACUGAUCCUGGAGCUGAAGGACCCUCCCGGUUGUCCGGCACUAGACAACGAGACGAGGAUUUCUCCACACGCAUACUGGAUCCCGGGCACCAAGAUCAAGAACCCGACAAGUUUUCGGAGUUUUUGAAACAUGUCUUCAACGGCGAUUGCAGUUUGCCGUGGCGAUCGUAUUCGGAUUGCACCGAGUUGGAAAAAGAGGUGGAGUGGAAGUAUGAAGAGUUUUACUUUCGAUGUAUAAUUAAAGACCAACAAGACCGAGAGGAAGAUGAUGUAUGUACUCGCCCAUCACCCGAAAAACAGAAAUAUGAGCGAUUUAGCCAAACUGUGGCAAGCGGAAAAACAGUGAAGGAGGAUGGAACAGUAGUAGACCACAUGGAAAUCAUCGUCGACCAUUUGGUGGCGCUUCAUGAUGAGAACGCACCCGGAGGCGCACUAGUUGGGAGCAGGUACUGGGGGAACGUCGAUACGAUGGCCACCCGCAUAGUAUUCGUGAUUUGCGUGUCGCUCGUCCGAGUGAUCAAUGAGGUCCGCUAUUAUGUCGAGGAGGAAAUCUUUGAGCGGCAAACUGACUCUGUUGAGGGUUAUAAACAAUUUCGACAGAGUGGGCCUCCCCGACUAUGGAUGUGGAAAUGGAGAAGAUCGCCAGGACUGGACACACAGGCCAAGCAAAUGUCAGAGAACCAAGGUGGAGAGACGGGAACUUCACGUUCGCUCCCGGAAUUCCAGUUCUAUCGUCGUGCGUCUGUUCCAGCAUCGAGAAGUUUGAAUGGCGCGGCUGCCUUCACCGAGCUUCAUCUAGUAGAACUAGCUGCAUCCGAUUGGGCUUGGCAUGGUGUUGCAGCCACCGGCUUCAUCUUCCUACUAGUGCUUAUUUACUUCUUCUAUCACAGCGCAGCGGCUGGCGCUGCUGCUCCACCUCCUCGUGUGCGUAGCGCCUUUGCCGGUAGUUCUCUCGAAAACAGUGCAGGAGAGCAUGACGAGCAGCAUCACAACAAGAACUACGGCUCGACAAGCUCGAAGGACAGUCCUUUCUUGUUCUACUCCGAGCGUGCGGAUGAUGAUUAUCAUUCUAGCAGCGACACUGAGCAUGAUGAGUCCUCGUCCACUGCAGCAAGAAGCAACGAGGCCACCGCUGACCACGAAGGCUCAGCGCGAUUAUUUGCAGUGAAGAAGCGCACAGGUCACGCUAAGAACCUCAAGAAGCUCGCAGAUGACAGCAGCAGGGGCGAGCCUAGUGGCGAUGAUGAUCAACCAGAUUUGAAGUUUGGCCGCGGAGAUGAUGCUUCUUCUUCAGUAGUAGGUGCAGAGAUUGGAGAAUGCCAGUCAUCAUCCACCAGGCAGCGAGUACUGCCGGGUCGAGAGAUGGAGGAGGCUGGUAGCGAGACUUUUUGAAGAUUCAUCGAUGAGGUAAGAAGUUGGGACGUUUCUACAUGUAAGUAUGUAGUUUGGAUCUGUUUUCGGUAGUCAGCUUGUAGUACUACUUUUGAACGUGGCUAAGUCGAAAGAUGGGAGUGCUGUGCUGAUAUCAUAUUCUCUUUGCUUUAUUUCUUUCUGUCUGUAGUUACUUGACCUUGAGCUUACUUCUUUAGUUACUUUUCUUAUGUAUCCAGAAGUUCAGAAGUUGCGCUAUAGUAUCUCGUAUAAGCUAUAUCGAAUUGUGAGCUUCGAGAAAUUCUGCAUUCCUUGCCCGAGGGUGUGGCUUUUUUUUGAGCAUGAAGACGGACGAAAGACGAGCUCACGACGAUGGUUCUUGAAUGCUUGAGACGACGAGAG